AUGAUGUGUUUAUUUUCCAGAGAUGGUGUCAGUGAAGGACAGUUCUAUCAAGUUUUGUUGUACGAACUUGAUGCAAUCCGCAAGGCAUGUGCUUCUUUAGAGCCCAACUACCAGCCUCCUGUGACAUUUGUUGUGGUUCAGAAGCGUCAUCACACUAGACUGUUUGCAAAUGAUCAUCGUGACCGUAAUGCUGUUGACCGGAGUGGGAAUAUAUUGCCUGGUACUGUUGUGGAUUCAAAAAUUUGUCAUCCAACUGAAUUUGACUUCUAUUUGUGUAGUCAUGCUGGGAUUCAGGGUACAAGCCGUCCAGCACAUUAG